GUCAUGUCCUCUUUCGAAAAGCCCUACGAGAUUUCUAUCCCAGACUCAGCUCUCUCAGACCUCCAAAACCGUCUUUCUCUGAUCCGCUUUCCCGACGAACUCGAAGACGCAAACUGGGAUUAUGGCGUACCUCUUCGUGACGUUCAACGGCUGGUCACACGAUGGAAAGACGGCUACGACUGGAGACAGUACGAGAGAGAGCUGAAUGAGACGCUGCCUAUGUUCACGAUGGAUGUCGCUGUGGAAGGUCAUGGUGUGAUCAACGUGCAUUAUGUUCACCAGAGGAGUAAGGUGGUAAACGCGGUGCCCUUGUUAUUCGUUCACGGAUGGCCCGGAAGCUUCAUCGAGGUCAAGAAGAUUCUUCCUUUGUUAACAGCAUCUUCGCCGGAUUAUCCUAGUUUCCACGUCGUUGCCAUUGGAUUGCCUGGUUAUGGUUUCUCCGAAGCACCUCGGAAGAAAGGAUUUGCGGGCCAGCAGUAUACCGAAGUGGCCCAUAACUUGAUGCUUGCCUUGGGAUAUCAGGAAUAUGUCACGCAAGGAGGAGACUGGGGUAGCCUCAUCACUCGCCAAAUGGCUGAUCGCUACGGUCCCAAACACGUCAAGGCCUGGCACACUAACUUCCCCAUUACCUGGGCCCCUAGUCUUGCCACCAACCCCUUUCUUUACCUUCAACACGCUCUUCAACCCUAUACGGCGCGCGAGAAAACCUCUCUCGCACGCUGGGACCACAUCUCGAAGACGGGAUCAGCCUAUCAAGAAAUCCAAGACACAAAACCACAGACGCUUGGCUACUCCUUAGCCGACUCACCCCUCGGCCUUCUGGCAUGGAUCUACGAAAAAUUGGUGGCAUGGACGGAUGCGUACAAGUGGGACGACGAUGAAGUUUUGAACUGGAUAUCAAUAUACUGGUUCUCUCGCGCUGGUCCCGCCGCGUCCAUCCGUAUAUACUACGAGAUGCGAGGCCAAUGGGCACCGGGCGUCAUACCCAUCAAUAUCAAACAUGUACCCAUUGGCGUCUCCUACUUCCCGCAGGAGAUGUACGUCCCUCCCAAAACCUGGGUCCACACGAUGGGCAACGUGGUGUUCGAGUCCGAACAUGAACACGGGGGACAUUUCGCGGCGCAUGAGAAUCCGGAAGCGCUUGUCGGGGACCUCAGGAAGAUGUUUGGCAAGGGUGGGCCGGCGUUUGGGGUGGUGGACGGGCGGAAUGGGUACGUUCACUAAGCACGGCAGGAUAUUCGAUCUUAUGGGCUAGUUGAUCUGGCGAGUUAACGCUUCAUAUUAUCUUGUACUCGUCAUGACGAAUGAGAAGAUACUGUGUUUCGAGCGUGGUGAUAGCAUGGAGAACGGGUCGUGUUGUAAACUAACACCAGUAUACAAGAUGAUCGCGGUUCGACUAGUCUGCUCUUGUAAGGCUUAUAAGGGAGUCGAAGUCUGUCGACAAUCAAUCCUCGGUCGAGCAACACUAGCUUCUCGACUGACACGAUUCACUCAGCUACUACUCAGCGCCAUCUGUUCAGAAGCGGAUGGUGAAAUGUUUUGGUCAAACGAGUUAUGUUCACUCUCGUUGUCGUUUAGAACGUUCAUCGUGUGGACCAUCUCCCGAAGUGCGACGAUUUCUGCGUUCUUCUUCAGCAGUUCACGCUGUAUUGGAUUCAUAAGCCUUUUAAUCUCCCUCCCAAACGUGUGGCAGUCUUUCUGGUCUCCCGCCAAGGCUUGUGCUGCGCGAAACCACGAUCGUACGUGGUCUCGAACGUAUAUUCCCUUUCCGUCCUUACUGCGGGUAAUAAACCCUGCAGUGACCUGUUUACAGUUGUGUAGU